AGGUGAACAAAUACACACACAUAAUGCGUGUUCGUGUCGUCUGUCUAACAGUGUUGGCCUGUACAUGCGUCUUCGCUCAGGCGGUAGCAGGGGGUGAGAUUAAGCCUGUUAAGGGCAAACCAGGCUUUUGUACACCAAGUUUAGAUCCAUCCGAGCCAAAAUGCAAAGAUCGGUGCAAAACUGAUGCCAACUGCAAAGACAACCGGAAGUGCUGUAUGAGCGGCUGUGGACAGAAAUGCGUGGUGCCUUCCAAAGAUGACUGCAGCGUCGUGGCUGACUGCAUGCCCCUCACGUGCAAGCGCAUACACAUGCCCCCCGGCGCCUGCUGUCCAGUCUGCAAGAACAACGGAAAGAGCAAGAACUGCAAGAAGAACGGAAAGAUAUAUCGCGAAGGAGAGGAUGUCCCUGACGAUGACCCGUGUAUGUUCUGUCGAUGUGACAGCGGCGAGGUUGUGUGCGCGAUCAUGGACUGUGCCGCGCCCCCUUGCGAGGACCCAUUCUCAAUUCCAGGACAGUGCUGCCCCGUUUGCAACACAGAUACCUCCUGCAAGGUUGGCGACAAAGUGUUUAAAGACCUUGAAGACAUCCCGGAUGAAAAUCCCUGUGAGAGUUGUAUCUGCAGUCGAGGCGAGGUGGUGUGCUCCACAGUAUUCUGUGACGUACCCCAGUGCGUGGCACCGGCUGUGCCAUUCACAGCGCCGGGGGAGUGCUGCCCUGGCUGUAAGGACGUUAAGCAAUAGACAUCACUCGCCGUAGAACUGGAUUGUUUUGUUGGUUAAAAUGA